AAAUAUGCUUUGAAGUGAAUCUUGUUCCCUAUGGGAACACAUACAUCUUGUCCCUAUACACUUCAUUGAUCGAACGUGCUUUCUAACUUGAAAGGCGCUAAGUCUAAUUAUCUGAUUCCUGUAACAUUUAUUGAAAUUUAAUUAUUAUGCCACCGAAAGGUAAAGGGAAAAAUCAAAAUAAAAGUAAUGCUGGAGCAGAAUCUAAAGAGGCUGGUGCUUCAAAACAGACUAAAGGGGGCACUUCUGUUAAGGUAAGACAUAUUUUAUGUGAAAAACAGUCCAAGGUCCUUGAGGCAAUGGAGAAAUUAAAAUCUGGUAUAAAAUUUAACGAAGUAGCUACUCAAUAUAGUGAGGAUAAAGCAAGACAAGGUGGCGAUCUUGGGUGGAUGAUUAGAGGAAGCAUGGUUGGUCCAUUUCAAGAUGCAGCUUUUGCACUUCCUAUUAGCAAUUUACAAAAUCCUGUAUAUACUGAUCCCCCAAUCAAAACCAAAUUUGGAUAUCAUAUCAUAAUGAUCGAAGGCAAAAAAUAACUGUUUUAUUCUUGUAUAUAUGAUUAAAAAAAAAUUUUAUUUAA